AUGCUUCGACAGACAUUUCUAAAACAUUCAUCAUCAUCAUUCAGCUACGAGUUCCUGUGCACUGUCCGCGAAGAUGUUUGCCAAAUACUAUUUGCGUGCCCGAUUUGUCGCUCAGUUCCGUUCGAUCGCUCGGAAUCGACUCCUUCUACGUUCGUUGAAGUCGGCACCAUUCCACUAAUUAAGGGUCAUCCACUCAACGAUUCACUCAAGCUUUUGAAGCGACGAGCAAUUGACUCAAUAAAUAUCCCCGGCAAUGAUCGCUUCUCGGUGGGAUCCAGCAAUCGUCACCAGACGAGCAGAACUAAUGAACAGCAAGGCAUCAACAACAAAUUCCUUUCAGUGGCAAAAAACUUUCCGCGUCUAGCGAGCAAAUUUCAUAGAAGCGCCGUCAGACUGCCUAGAAGAAAGCGUAAUUCCACCUCACACAGCUCCAUGCUUAGACAAGCUGAUUGCACGUGUCCGACGUCAUCAGAUCCGAAGCAGAUGAUACCACCAGCUCAAUCCAACUAUCCCAACAUCAAGGUAUCUGAGAAAAGUGUUAAAUCACAAAACUCGCGCAAGCUAGCCGAGAUAUUCGAGUCAGAUCUGAAAUCACCACAAACCGAUCCGAAUGAACCCGAGAGAUCACCAAUCAUUUGCACGGAAUCUGUUGAUUCCAAAUCCGGUUUGAUCACUACCGAAUGUCGCAGUGAUCGCGUUUCAUUCACAACGCAAGCGCGUAAAAUGACUCGCAGCCUCAACGAGCAUGAUUCAAAACAUCCUAUGAUCGAAAAUCUUAAAAGAAUACAAAAUUUCGGCGAUGUGCACAAUGUGUUCCACGAUGAAACGUCUUCAAACGAUCAAAAUUUGCGUUCAGCCAUCAACAAAUGGCUUGGCGAACGGAAUCAUAAACGACAAGAAGGAAAAGUGUUUAGAGCACGAUUCGAACGCGCUGGACCGUCGAUUUCCGCAGAAUCUGAUGAUUUGUUAACAGUGUCAAAGCCAAGCACCGUAUUGCUCACCAGCCAUGAUGCUGUGCCAGAACAUGCAACUAGAACCAUUCUUGCUCCGUCCUACGCGCAAAGCAAAUCUUCUGAGGAUAUUUCGAUGAAUCAUUCAAAAGGAACAAGCAUUUAUGAUAAUUCAAAGUUGAAGAAACGAUCGAAAGUUGCUCAUCGACGAAACUCGGCCGCUUACACGAACGCUUCACCAGCUCUGUGGACGAAAUUGUUCAAAUCCAAACGGCCACAUGAAAAAUGUAUCUUUCGUGGAGUGGAUAUGAUAGUUUACAUUGAUGAUUCAACGGCAAUGUUAAGAAGUGAAUUUUUUAGUCUUUGCAAUUUCUUGCGGACACUUUACAAUUCACUUGCUCGUAAUGGAAGGAACGGCAAAGAGGUAUGCACAAAACAUUUGCGACUUUUUCAAAAGCACUAA